AUGGACGAUAACCACUACGAAUCCUUGCAAUUAGAGUUUGAUGAAUUUCGAAAGGAGUCACAAGAGCUAGAGGCUGCCCUUGAAAAGGAGGUCGACGUGCUGACUGCUUCUAGGGAUUCUGUGAAGCGAGAUUUGGACGAUCUGAAGGCAAGGUUUCUCUCCUACCAGGCCGAAACAAACAAGACAAUAAGUACCCUCGAAACAGAAAUCGAAAUCCUACGAAAAAAGGAUGCCGAAUACAAGGUCCAAACGCGAGAUUUGGAAAUCCAGAACGCCGAAUUUCAACAAUCGUUACGAGUCAACGAGUCUUCUUCUUCAGACUGGGAAAGUCGCUACAACAAGAGUUUAGAGCGAAUAACACUGCUAGAACAUGAGGUUGAACUCAAGGGCAAACUUGUUGAAGACAAUCAGAGGCUUCAUGAUGAAGUUCGAGACCUACAAGAGGAAGUCGCUCGCCACCUGACACGUCCAACAACACCAUCAUUCACUCCUGGCACUACCGCAUCCUCUAUUCCAACACCCUCGAGCGCGAGAACCAACAGUAAACAGAUAUCAGGAAAGCUGACUGAUCUAGUGAAUAGAGCAAAGCAACUGGAGUCCCGUAUUGCUGAAGUACGAGAAAAUGUUGUGGCUCCCAUGCUCAAAUGA